AUGUCGGACGUGGAUCAGCUGAUCGAAGAGUUGUUUCCAAACGGGGGGACGGAGCCGCACUCGGGGCUGAACGUCCGCUCAAUGACGCAUGAGCCGCCCGCCUCCAAGGCUGACUGGGACGCGAGUGAUGAGGAAAGGGGCGACGCAACGGAUGCAAAGAUUGUUUCUGUGAAGCCUCAAGCCUCGGUAGAUGCCAAGAAAAACUUCAUUUCAGAUCCAUCCAAAAGCUACUUUGAUGAGAGCGACGGGGAGGAUUUCGGGCCUGCCGGAACUGUGUUUACCUUCGCUGUGGUUCCAUUUCCGUUUUUUCCAAGCGAUUUGGGUGGGGCAUGUGUAGAAAAGUGUUUUGUCACAAACGUGGGGUCCAAGAGUCUUCCACACCCCACGAUUGCUCGGCUUUUACUCUUUGCAAAAGAGGGGUACAGUGACAGGUUAACCCAAAUACAGUUACUGGAACGUAAAGGUGCCUUUUAUGCGCUUGAUGCCAAAUUUGGCAACGGGGCUUCUGACAGGUACGCUGAGAAUAUGGGUUGCAGUGGGGGAUGCCCAGUGAUGGUGUGCCGGAAGUGUAACUAUGGUGUUAUACGCCUUCAAGGAGCCGCUUGGAAUGAUGGGGAAGGUAGAAUAGAUCUGUACCUGACGGUGCGUAAUUAUUACCCCGAUUGGAGUAGGUUGGCGAACUCUUUUCCUGUUGGAAAGGCAAAGGGUGCAGAAAAUGAUAGGGUGCUGGGACCAAGUGUUGGAUGUGCAGCGUAUUGUUGUCAGUGCUCUUGGCUUACUGUAAAGUCUGCACAGGAAAUCAUAGAAACCCGCUUAUCACAUACUGUCGGAUAUGUAGGGAAGGAAGAUUCUUGUUGUUUUGCAACGCAGUGCCAUUGA